AUGCGAGGGCUACCGGCUAGAGGACGGAGCCGGCCAAAGAAGCUAGUCCGCCAUCACCAGCAACAUCCAGUGCGCUUGGCAACACUUAACGUUGGGAAGCUUACUGGAAGAAGAGACUCGCUGGAAAGGCUCCAAGUGAAGGGAAUUAGGCGAUGGCUACAAGCUCAUCUACCACGGCACAUCAAAUCGCAAGGCGUUGGUAUCAUAUUGAACGAGUUUUUUAGAAACAGCAUAACAGCGGUGGAUCGACUAUCGGAUCGCCUGAUGGCUGUAAAUGUAGACACAGGAGAAGUAGAAUUGCGAGUCGUCUCUGCUUAUGCGCCACAGGCGGGCUGUAGUGAAGAGAAGAAGGCAAGCUUUUGGGAGGAUCUGGAGCAGUACGUCCAAUGCCUGGAAGGCGAAGAAGAACUUCUAAUCGGAGGAGACUUCAACGGACAUGUCGGUUCUCGGAAAGACGGGUUCGAGGGUUGUCAUGAUGGAUACGGCUAUGGAGCUCGUAACGACGACAGGUUGCGAAUCCUGGAGUAUGCUGUUUCAAGUGACUUGAUCAUUGCUAACACGCAGUAUCGGAAAAGAAAAUCGCAUUUGAUCACGUACACCAACGGCGGUCCAUCUACACUUCCCCACCCUACUCGUGAAAAACAAAUAAAUUUCUGGAUGUUCCGCCGACGAGAUCGCCGACUUCUGCAGGAUUCAAAAGUCAUCCCGACAGACCAUGUCGCUGCUCAACACUAUCUGCUCGUUAUGGACUUGAAAAUCUCCCGUCCAAGGAAGAGACAUCCAAGGACUGAAACACAGCGCAUCAAAUGGUGGAAUCUAAAGGAUCGAAAGGAGGUAUUUUUCGCGUCCGUGGCUCCAUCUACACUUCCCCACCCUACUGGUAGUGUGGAGGAAAUGUGGUCGUCUACUUCCAGCGUUAUACGCGGAGAACAUUUUGGGAAAGACGACUCUAGGACGCGUCAGCCUGAAGAUCGAGGUGUUUACCUAGCGGCGAAGAGGGAGGCUAAGAAGGCAGUCUCCAAGGCGAAGUCGGACCGCUACAAGACUGUGUACGACAUGCUUGAUACCAGAGAAGGAGAGCGGGCAGUGUAUCGUUUAGUCAGAGCGCGUCAUCGUUCAACGUUUGAUAUGGAGCACACCAAGAUCGUUAAGGGAGCUGAUGGAGUCGUUCUGCGUCGCUCUGGUCAGAUCCUGGAGAGGUGGCAAGAGUACUACAGUCAUUUGUAUAACGAAGAGUUCUGUCAUCCUCCCAUCCCAACUGUUCCCAGCGUCGAGGGUCCUGUUCUACCAAUUACUGCCGUCGAAGUCAGUGCUGUCCUCGCAAAAAUGAAGUCGAACAAGGCAACCGGUCCUAAUGAAAUACCUGCUGUUGUCUGGAAGCUGCUAGGAGAUCGAGGAUCCGUGUGCAACUCUACUUGA